GUCUGUCCAAGUCACUUGGUCUCAUUGAAGGCUAUGGUGGACGUGGUAAAGGUGGGCUCCCAGCCACCCUGUCUCCUGAGGAGGAGGAGAAAGCAAAGGGGCCACAUGAGAAAUACGGCUACAACUCCUACCUCAGUGAGAAAAUUUCACUGGAUCGUUCCAUACCAGAUUAUCGUCCAACCAAGUGCAAAGAGCUGAAAUAUGGCAAGGACCUACCCCAGAUCUCCAUCAUCUUCAUCUUCGUGAACGAAGCGCUCUCUGUUAUCCUGCGAUCAGUGCACAGUGCGGUUAAUCACACGCCAGCUCACUUGCUGAAGGAGAUUAUCCUUGUGGAUGACAACAGUGAUGAAGAGGAACUGAAGGCGCCGCUGGAAGAGUACGUCAAUAAGCGGUACCCAGGCCUUGUGAAGGUGGUGCGCAACCAGAAGAGGGAAGGUCUCAUCCGAGCUCGUAUCGAAGGCUGGAAAGCUGCCACUGGCCAGGUCACUGGGUUUUUUGAUGCUCAUGUGGAGUUCACUGCUGGCUGGGCUGAGCCGGUGCUUUCACGGAUUCAGGAAAACCGGAAAAGGGUCAUUCUUCCCUCCAUAGACAACAUCAAGCAGGACAACUUCGAGGUGCAGCGUUAUGAGAACUCUGCCCAUGGGUACAGCUGGGAGCUGUGGUGCAUGUACAUCAGCCCCCCCAAGGACUGGUGGGAUGCUGGAGACCCCUCGCUGCCCAUCAGGACACCGGCGAUGAUCGGUUGCUCUUUUGUUGUGCACAGAAAGUUCUUUGGGGAGAUUGGGCUUCUGGAUCCUGGGAUGGAUGUGUACGGCGGGGAGAACAUCGAGCUCGGCAUCAAGGUGUGGCUGUGUGGUGGCAGCAUGGAGGUCCUGCCCUGCUCCAGGGUGGCUCACAUCGAGCGCAAGAAGAAGCCCUACAACAACAACAUUGGUUUCUACACCAAGCGCAACGCACUGCGGGUGGCCGAGGUGUGGAUGGAUGACUACAAGUGGCACGUCUACAUCGCAUGGAACCUGCCACUGGAGAAUCCAGGUAUUGACAUUGGGGAUGUUUCUGAGAGAAAAGCACUGAGGAAGAGCUUGAAGUGUAAAAAUUUCCAGUGGUACCUGGACCAUGUUUACCCAGAAAUGAGAAGAUACAACAACACCAUCGCUUAUGGCGAGCUUCGAAACAACAAGGCAAAGGAUGUCUGCCUUGACCAGGGCCCCCAGGAGAACCACACAGCAAUAUUGUACCCGUGCCACGGCUGGGGACCGCAG